AUGGCACUCACCUCGGCUGUUCCGGAGGUUAUUCCAACGUCCAUCUCCGGGCUUGGGCCUGGAGAGACGGUGGUGACGGCACCCAUCCAUGCCAGCGAAGCCCCCAAAAAUACGCCCAAGGCCCCGUUGAGAACCAUCUUCCCUCCUCUCGUGCUGGAGGAUCACCCGAUCGACGAGACCCCGUCUUUAAAGGUGGCCGUGGUAGGCGCCGGAAUCUCGGGCAUCACGGCGGGAAUCCUCCUGCCGGAAAAGGUGCCAGGUAUCGAUCUGGUCAUAUAUGAGCGACACGAUGAUCUUGGCGGAACAUGGCACACCAACAUCUACCCAGGCGUCCGCUGCGACGUGCAGUCAGACGUCUACCAAAGCAGCUUUGCACCGUCCAACCAGUGGAAGGCCAACUUUGCUCGCGGGGCCGACAUCAAGGCCUAUUGGAAAUCCGUGGCCAAGAAGUACGACGUGGAGAAGUACGUGCGGUUCCGCAGCACGGUCGAAGGAGCCGAAUGGUCGGAGGAAAAGGCCAGAUGGCUGAUCACACUGACCACCGACGGCGUGCGACGGGUGGAGGAGGCCGACUUCCUGGUCACCGCGACCGGGGUCUUCAGCCAGCCUCGCCUGCCCGACUACCCGGGCAUCGCCGAGUACCAAGGCCACCUGCGACAUAGUUCUAACUGGGACCCGAACUUCGACCCGACGGGCAAGAGCAUCGCGGUGAUUGGCAACGGCGCGUCGGGCAUCCAAGUGCUGCCUCAGCUGCAGAAGGUGGCCAAGCAACUGGAUCACUACGCGCGGAGUCCGACGUGGAUCACGAGCGCGCUGGGGGCGAAAGACGCGCCUCCGCCCGACCUGGAUGCCCGCGAUGCAGUCCCGUCGGACGCGGAAGGUUACCUGGCGUACCGGAAACGCAUUGAGUACCGAUACUUCUCUCGGCUCGGCACCAUCUUCAAGGGCUCGGAGAAGAACGCGGCGGAGCAGAAACGGUGGGAGGAGGGCAUGGCGGCGCGACUGGGCGAUCGCGCCGACAUCCUGGCCCAGGUCAAACCGGACUUCCCGGCCUACUGUCGCCGACCGACGCCCGGGCCGGGCUAUCUGGAGGCGCUGCGGCAGCCCAACGUGAAGGUGAUCACGACGCCCAUCGAGCGCUUCACCCGGACGGGCAUCCAAACGGUCGACGGGCAACAGCGCGACGUCGACGCCGUCAUCUGCAGCACGGGCGCCGACAUUGCCUUCACCACGUCGUUCCCCAUCGUCAAGGACGGCUUCGACCUGCAGGCGGCGUGGCGGCCGACUGGCGCGAUCGGCUUCCCGGACAGCUAUCUGGGGCUGGCAGCGCCGGGCUUCCCCAACCUCCUGUUUGUGCUGGGACCCAACUCCGGCGGCGUGUCGGGCAGCCUGCCGUACGCGGUGGAGACGCAGCUGACCUACAUCGCCAAGGUGCUGCGCAAGGCCGCCAGCGACGGCAUCCGCACCAUCUCGCCCUCCCAGGCCGCCACCAACGACUACCGCGCCGUGGUCGAGUCGUUCUUCCCGCGCACCGUGCUGAGCGAGAACUGCUCCUCGUGGUACAAUGGCGGCGUGCCCGGUGGUCGCAUCCUCGCCGUCUGGCCCGGCAGCGCGGCCCACAACGCCCGCGUCCUCCGCAACGUGCGCUGGGAGGACUUUGAAUACACCUACCGCAGCCAGUCGGGGAACCGCUUCGCCUUCUUUGGGAACGGGUGGACCAAGAACGAUGUCCGCGCCAACGAGGUUGAUGACCCGGACGCCGUCGACUUCUCCGCGCAUCUGAAGAAAGAGGCUCUCGAUGGCCAGGUCGAUCUGAAGGGUUAUUUGGAGUCUUGGUACGAAUUCUAG